UUGUACCCUCGGGUUCCCUCCCUCCCACUUCUGCAUGUUCUCCCUGCCAUUGCCAAGAAUGGCUUCCUCCACUCUCUCUCCCCUUUCUGUUCUUGUUAUCGUUCUCUUCUCCUUCCUGAUCGCAUCCAUGGCCUCUGAACCAAGAAAAGCCGUGAACGUUCCCUUCCAGAAGAACUAUGUGCCAACUUGGGCCACCGAUCACAUCAAGUACUUCAAUGGCGGAAAUGAGAUCCAGCUAUACCUGGACAAAAACAGUGGAACUGGCUUCCAGUCUCGAGGCUCCUACCUAUUCGGUCACUUCAUCAUGCAGAUAAAAAUGGUUCCGGGUGACUCAGCCGGAACUGUUACCGCCUUCUAUCUUUCUUCUCAGAAUGCAGAGCAUGAUGAGAUAGACUUUGAGUUUCUGGGGAACAGAACGGGGCAGCCUUAUAUACUACAGACCAAUGUGUUCACAGGAGGAAAGGGAAAUAGGGAGCAAAGGAUCUAUCUAUGGUUUGAUCCCACCAAGGAUUACCACGACUACUCUCUUCUCUGGAAUUUGUAUCAGAUUGUGUUCUUCGUGGACGAUGUGCCCAUCCGGGUUUUCACGAACAGCAAGGACAUAGGCGUCCGGUACCCCUUCAAUCAGCCAAUGAAGCUCUACUCCAGCUUAUGGAACGCCGACGACUGGGCGACCCGCGGUGGCCUCGAGAAGACGAACUGGGCCAACGCCCCCUUCAUCGCCUCCUACCGCGGCUUCCACAUCGAUGGCUGUGAGGCGUCCGCAAACGAGACAUUUUGCGCUACUCAGGGCCGGCGGUGGUGGGAUCAGAACGAGUUCCGGGGCCUCGAUGCGAAACAGUAUGGGCUGCUCCGGUGGGUCAGGCAGAAUCAUACCAUCUACAAUUACUGCAAUGAUCGGAGCAGGUACCCGAAGAUGCCCGUUGAAUGCCAAAGAGAUCGGGAUGUCUGAGCUUUUUUUCUUUGUAUGCGAAGAAUGGGUGAUGAAUUGGUUUCUUUUGAGUAAUUCUG